AUGAACCCUAUCUACCUAGACCCUCAUUUCAGUGGACCGGGUAAUUCUCGAAAAAACCCUCGAAAUGAUGCGGCAACAGGAGCUUCGGCGGCAGGUGUUCGCGCCAUCAGUGCACAAAUGGUGGCCUUUUAUUUCCGCGCUCCCAUCAAAGCCUUCUUUCGUACGCGUGUUGACUACAUGGCAUUUGCAAGAGCUGUUCACCCUCGUGUUGCAGACGGGAAAUGGUCCAUUCAUACUACAACACCCGGGUUGCUAGUCCAUGCGGUCCGGACGUAUGGCUGGCGAUUCAUUCCAAAUCAAGUUCUGCCGCCUUUACUAGCCAACGCAGGGGUUGGUGCCGUUCUUUACACGUCGUAUCUCCAGGUCCUUGGGACUCUCCAUGAACCAGUAUCGCAGGGGGUUAAGCGAGUCUGGCCGCCUGCACCCCCAUCAGAUACGUUCGCCGCCGGGUUUACUGCUGGUACCAUACAGUCCAUUGUCGCCGCUCCUCUGGAUGCCUUGCAAGUUCGUCUGCAGACUAGUGACAUGCUCGAGGGUCAGUAUCGGAGCAUGUGGCACUAUGGCCAUCACAAGCUCCAACAAAUUGGUCUCCGCGGGGUCUUUGCUGGCUGGAGUCUCUCUUUUUUGCGAGAUUCCUUCGGCUAUGCUGUAUUCUUCUCCUUCUUUGAAUACGUCAAGUCCCAGUCCUACUACUCUUUCAUCACCUGGUACUAUGGGUCCCUGCAUGCAGACCAUCUGGAAAUGCUUCCGUCAUCUAGGUCCAGUGAUCGAGGCGUUCCCCUGAUCAAGCCACACUAUGCUGUGGAACCGGGCUUCCUCAUGUUGGCGGGUAUUGUGGCUUCUGUUGCACAGCAAGCUAUCCAGCAUCCUCUCAGUAUGGUUCAGAACCUACACCUUGGUCGUCUGGAAUACCUCGAUCAUCAAGCAAACCUCGAUCCCUCCCGAAAACAGAUGCUGCGUCUGUACUACCACGCUUACCAGGAGACUUUUAAACGGUGCAAGCGGAAGGCCAGAUGGGCGGGGGGUUGGCGCCCAUGGCUGUUUCGUGGAUUUGUGGGAAGCUCCAUUCGUCAAGUUCCCAGUACCAGUGCUGGUCUUGUCAUUUUUGAGCUGUCGAUCAAGGUGCUUGAAUCUGCCAGCGAGAAGGGCAGCCGCCGGUCUUCCCACUCAUCCGCUCGCUCUGUAGAGUCGGACUUAUCGAUCUGGUCAGACACCGGCGACCUCGCCGAGCAGCUUGCCGAGGCGGAAGAUCCGCUUCAGGCCCGCCUUCGAAAGUCCUUUGACCAAAAAAUCGUGGGGCGAAGCGGCCGAACCAAAUUGUCGAAGCGUGUACACUACCCGCGGGAGUUGGAUCGCGAGAUCGACAUCGAGAAGAUCAGAAUCCCAAAGCCUCUGCCACGACAAAUUUCGAGAGUUGAACGGUUGCUAGCCACCAUAAUGUCCCCUCGUGAUGCACAAAAUGCGCAAAUGCAUGGUCUCGUUGGAAAGCCAUUGCUCUACUUUACGAGUGUGUUCGUAUCCUUGGGGGUCUUCCUCUUUGGCUAUGAUCAGGGUGUGAUGUCUGGCAUUAUAACAGGCUGGUAUUUUAAGGACUACUUCAACCAACCCUCCCGGGCCACGAUUGGAACCGUAGUCGCAAUUCUGGAAAUUGGUGCAUUCAUAUCCUCAUUGUUGGUUGGACGCAUCGGCGACAUAAUUGGCCGCCGAAAGACUAUCCUCUAUGGCUCGAUGGUGUUUUUCAUCGGUGGUGCAUUUCAAACAUUUGCUACGGGCAUACCCAUGAUGAUGGUUGGUCGUGUCAUUGCUGGUCUCGGUGUUGGGGCGCUGUCGACCAUUGUGCCACCUCCCCACAACCGAGGUAAAUUGGCAUGCAUCGAGUUUACAGGUAAUAUCUCAGGAUAUGCAGCCAGUGUGUGGGUCGACUACUUUUGUAGCUUUAUCGACAACGACUACUCCUGGCGCUUGCCGUUAUUAUGCCAGUGCAUCAUGGGUGCAUUACUUGGCGUCGGGAGUAUGAUCAUUUGCGAAUCGCCCAGAUGGCUCCUAGAUAACGACCACGACGAAGAAGGAAUGGUUGUGAUUGCCAAUCUCUAUGGCGAAGGAGAUCUCCUCAAUGAUAAAGCGCGCCAAGAGUACCGAGAAAUCAAAAUGAACGUCCUCAUCCAGCGGCAGGAGGGCGAGCGGUCGUACAUGGAUAUGUUCAAUCGUUACCGCAAACGAGUCCUGAUUGCCAUGUCGGCGCAGGCAUUAGCGCAAUUGAACGGCAUCAAUGUGAUCUCGUACUAUGCCCCCCUGGUCUUUGAAUCGGCCGGCUGGGCUGGCCGUGAUGCAAUUCUGAUGACCGGUAUAAAUGGCAUUUCAUACCUGCUUUCCACCGUUCCGCCAUGGUAUCUUGUCGAUGGCUGGGGCCGGCGUCCAAUCUUGCUUUCGGGGGCCGUGGCCAUGAUCAUCUCGCUGUCUCUGAUCUCAUAUUUUAUCUAUAUCGAGAUUCCCGCGACACCCACGCUGACCGUCAUCUUUGUGAUGGUUUACAAUGCAGCUUUUGGAGCGUCAUGGGGCCCUAUUCCCUGGUUGUAUCCUCCGGAGAUUUUGCCUCUGAGUAUUCGCGCAAAAGGUGCGAGUUUGAGCACUGCGAGUAACUGGGCAUUCAACUGGUUGGUGGGCGAGGUUACUCCCGUUCUUCAAGGGGCAAUCAAGUGGCGGUUGUACUUGGUCCAUGCCUUUUUCUGCGCAUGCAGUUUUGUCCUUGUUUACUUUCUCUAUCCCGAAACGAGCGGGGUUCGUCUAGAAGACAUGAACGUCUUGUUCGGUGACGCGUCUACUGCCAUGCCAACCCCCACAACGGAGGGCGAGCGUGGAUCUUUGAUGGGCGCUGGCUCACCCAUUCCCUCACUUGAUAUUCGCCGGCAAUAUAGCCAAUCCGGUGCCGAGAAUACAAUCCCCGGAUUGGACAUUAACCCGCAAUCCUUGAGCCAUGAAGGGACCACCAAACAUGGUCGCCCGAAUUACCAUCCAGGCAGUGCUCGAGGCGAGGGGAUUGGUGGUUGGAUUUCCAACAUGGUCAGUCGACAUCGGGAAGCAGGCCAUGGUGGAAGCAGCAGCCAAUACAGACGUCUCGAACAAGGCGAAGACGGACAUGAAUGA